GGCAGGGAUCCUGGAGGGGCGGGUCUUACCGAGAACACGACUCGCCUUGUUGUGUGUAUUCCCGUGCUCGCAUCGCCAUCUUGUUGCAAUCCUCUUUUUUUUCUACGUAGUGAGAAUCUCCUCUCUGCUCUGACUGAAGCUUCCUGUCUGCUUCCAGGAGACACGCAGGGGGGGACAGGAGAUCUGGCGCGCGGGUGUUCGCUGUGCACGCGGCGCUUCCUUACAGGGACACAAACCGACCCCCUUCGGUCUUUCUCCUCCUUCCGUCCCGGGCCACCGGGUCGCCCUGCCGUGAGGGGUUUUACGCGCAAUGAGCAUCGACACACUCCUGGAGGCGGCCAGAUAUCUGGAAUGGCAAGCCCAGCAACAACAGAUCGCACGUGAGGAAGAGCAGCGCAAAGAGAAGGAGCUCAUCAAAAGAGAGGCGGAGUCACGGCAUGUGGAAAUUGUAACCUCGCUGUCUCAGCCAAUCAGAGCCAACCAUGUCACCUGGAGUGACGGCUCUCACUGUCAACUGCCCCAUCACCCGCCUCCCCCUCCGCCUCCCUCUCUCCCGCCUCAGCAAGUCCCCACCGUCGUCAUCCCGAUGGUGCCGGUCGUCACCGCCACGCCGGCAGUCCCGGCCCUCCCGGCCCUCCCGCUCGCGACGCCCAUCGUCGCUGCGGCGUCACCGCUCAACGGCUCCCCGCAGGUCAAGAUAUCUUCCUCCCCUCCACAUCAUCAUCAGCAGCAGCAGCAUCAGCAGCAGCAACAGCCCACCUCUCCUCACCUGUUGUGCAGUCCCAACAUGAAGUUAGAGACCAGUCCGCAGCUGGUGAGUGCGAAGCCCAGCCAAUCACAGCCUCAGGUUCAGAUUCAGUACCCAACUUCCAUCAGCACCAACGGCCCCAGCUCUCAACACGCACUGGUUUCACCGCAAGCCCUGCCCACGUCUCAGCCGCGGCCCAACGGAGUGAUGAUGGAGGACCUGAAGGGGAUGGAGGGGAAGAGGAGACCUGGAGGAGCGGGGACCAGAGAGGUGCACAACAAACUGGAGAAGAACAGGCGAGCGCACCUCAAAGAGUGUUUUGAGACGCUGAAGAAGAACGUCCCAAAUGUUGACGAGAAGAAAACCUCCAACCUCAGCGUCCUCCGCAGUGCUUUGCGUUACAUACAGACUCUGAAGCGUAAGGAGAAGGAGUACGAACACGAGAUGGAGCGCCUGGCCAGAGAAAAGAUCGCCACUCAGCAGCGGCUGGCCGAGCUCAAGAAUGAGCUGAGCCAGUGUAUGGACGUCGUUGAGAUCGACCGAGUCCUGCGACAGACCAUCCAGCCAGAGGACGACCAGGCGUCCACGUCCACCGCCUCAGAAGGAGAAGACAACUUUGAGCAGGACAUGGACGAAGAUGUCCCGACCGCCGUCCCCACUCCCGCUCCCCUCCCCAAACCAACACCUCCCAUCCUACAAGCCCAGCAGCUUCUCGCCCCUCACCUCUCGAUCCAGCACGCCACUUUGCCUCUCGCUGGAGUCCUGACCGCGCCCGUCCCCUCAACCCCUCAACCCCCUCCUCAGGCCAUCGCCCCGGCUCCAGCGCCCGGUCAGCCUCCUCCACCCAUCGCUCAUCCAGUCCAGCCUCCAGCGGUGCAGGUCCAACCCACUGUCAUCGCUCACGCCGCCGUCUCUCACCCGUCAGUCAUCCAAGCGGUCAACCACGGCCUGCCAGCCAGUCACAAACAUCUAACGCACAUCGCUCCGUCGCCCGGCCCCAUCUCCUCCACCCCUCAGUCCAUCGCAGCGGUCCCGGCUGCCACGGCAACUCACCAGCAGAUCUCAGCGCAACCUAUCGGACACAUCACCGUUCACCCGAUGGCUCACCUCGGGGGUCCUCUUCCAUCGCACCUCCCGACCCUCUACCCUCAAGGCGUGUCCGUGUCCCAGCCCACCAUGGUGGGCCACAUCACCCACACCUUCACGCACCACACCCUCCCACACGUUCAGACCAACCCCCAAGUGAAUGCUGGCGGCGCCUCGAUGAACAGCGCCGCUGUAAUGACCCAGGGGAACCCGUCGCUAGGGAAACCCACAGCAGUGCUGGCCCCCCACCCCCAGCUGGUCGGACAGGCUGCCGUCCUCAACCCUGUCACCAUGGUUACAGUCCCCACCUUCCCCGUCAGCACACUCAAACUGGCCUGAGAGCGAAACAGAGAGAAGUGACGGGAGGAUCAGGAGAAAGAUUCAGAACUGAGGACGGGCUCUCGCACUCCGACCAACAAUCAGCAGCACGCCGUCUCUGACGAACACAAACGCAGCGCUGCGUUCAGGACGCCGUGUGGACUCACGUGAGAUACGUGGAUCACAGCUCUGUUAGUUUGUGGACCGCAGAGUCGGGCCUUUGUUCGUGAAAUGAAGACUGUGACAUUUGUCUGCGCUGCACAGACAGGAACUCUGUUAAACCUCCUCCUCUCCUUCUCUCCUCCUCUCCUUCCUUUCCUCUCUUCCUUUCCUUGACUGAACAACCAGAGGCACUAACAUAAUAAGCUCAGUUCACUCUCAGGCAUCGAUGUUUUAACUCUUCAUUUACUCUCAGAGGGGAAAUGCAUGAAAGAGACGCUUCUUGUUAGGUGAUACAGGAUGUGCCCGCCUCCUAUUUAUAUAACCAUGAUGUCAUGUGUGAUGUCACGGGUGUGUGUGCGAUCUUAGCGGUCCCACUAAUUACAUGGAGGGCUUUAAUUAAGAGAGCACGUCACACAGCCUGAUAAUAGAGCUAAAACACUGUCUGACACAGUCCUUCACUUUACGUAUCCACACAAAGUUUCAACUACAUUACUGAUUAUUUUUUUACACCGUGUGUCGUCCCCCAUGUUUGUACUUCUGUCCCCCCCUCUCCAUCGUUAUUUAAAUGAAGGUGCGUGUCGACUUAAGCCUGGUUUACACUUCUGUGUCGACCCUAGGAGUGGUCGACGCGGACGUGAGCACUACAUACUAGCUCUGCAGUACUACGCCGAAACACUAGAGGGCAGUGUGGUCUCUCUGAUCGUCCGGUCGCCUGUUUCCAGCCCUGAGACAUUCUCUGUUUACUUUUCCACAAAGAUUCAGAGCGUGUUAUGUUAAUCUACAGCUGAUACAUGUUGCUGUUUAUCAAACAGACAUGAUUACAGAGAAGAAUAAAGAGGAGCCGUCGGAGGAGAUGAAAUGUACGGCGAGUGCUAAUGCAAUGCCGUCCAGCGGACCAAUCACAGGGCUUGCUUAAAGCUACGCAGACCUAUGGCAUUGAUUCCACGUAGAAGUUUAAACCAGGCUUAACAUGAUGCAAAAUAAUGAAGAAAUAAAAAAAGAGGGCAACUAAAAAAUCCAAAUUUAAACUGCAGAAAGAAAAUACAACAAUAAUCAAACUCAAUGCUGGAGUAACUUCUCCACUGUCCUCUAACGUCUGCUUUUAUGAGGGUUGAGCAUCUCAAAUUACAAAUCCAGAAAUGAGGAGGAGCAUUCAAAUGAAAGAACAAGGCAGUGAAUGAGGGUUUUCCCCUGAUAUGCAUUAACACACGAGUUGGUACUUCUUGUGGAAAGCCGACAUCAUCUCUGACUUUGAGAUCAGAUUUCUCUGCAGGAAACAAACCACAUAUUUAAAAGUACGGCGACAUGUCCAAAGGUGAAAAACUUGCUCUUUAGAGGAUUCUCCCAUCAGUCAGUAAAAUGUAAAAAUGCUGCACACUACAUCAGACAUAAUAGUGCCUGUCCCCGUGGUUAAAAGCGUGGUCAGAAUUAAAUGUCAGCUUUCCUCUGAGGGCUUUUGAAGAAGUGGUAAUCUUUCACCGUCAGACUGAUUUGAUUCUUUUCGAGAUGUGAACAAAACAACUGAGAGAGAGCUAACAGGAUGAUUCCACUGUGUUGAAUCAGACUGCGGAUGAAGCUAUGUCGACUGUGAGGAAGAGGCGAUGUGUUUUCAACCAAUCAAGCUAAACAAGCGUCCACAUGUGGAGGGGUGUCAUUUCAGGAUUUCUGAUUCUAACCGCCUCAAUUAUCCUUCAGUGAAGAGCUCUCCAUCCUCUUCAUUUUAAAGCAACAGCUCCCUCUGCUGGCUGCACACGGACCCCUCCCUGUGCUCACUACAAACCCUCUGACCAGGUUUUUCCAAUCUGGAGUUGAUGAUGAGAGACGCACUUACAACCAGACAUAACUCACCUUUCACAAUGCAAUAUCUUAAAAAACAGAACAAAACUUUACCUGCGUGACGGAUGAUGACGUGUGAAUGAGAAGCCCACCUUCAGUUAUGUGUUUGAAUGACGGGUCAGACGUUCAUUUUUGAAAGUGUGGUCACCAAACGAGCUCGAGAGAAUCACCAAUUACAUGAAAUAUUGAGAAUUAAUUAAUUUAAUUGAAGUAUUUUGUUGUUUCUUUGCUCCUCUAUGACGGUAAACUCACUUUAGGUUGUGUAGCUUGAUUGAGGUCAUUGAUUCUUUCAUUUCUAGACCAAACAUCUAAUCAAUAAAUCACAGAAACCCUCAACAGACUGCCACAGUACAAAUAAUCAUCUUUUGAAGUCCUGUACGAUGAUAAAGUUUGGAGGAAGUUGGAGUUUAUUCCAAUUUUAUAAAGAAAUCCCUCGCUCCAGUUAAAAAAAUCUAAUUUUAAUUUCACAAUGAAAUGUUGCUGCACCCACUUUCCUUUGUGUUUCUGUGUGUUUACAUGUAGCCUCUCUGCCAGCCUAUACAUGUCACACCAAAAGAAAACUCCCACCAUGUGCUCUGCUCUCUCCUCCUCCUCCUCCUCCUCCUCCGUCUCUGCGUGUUCUGUCCGUGUUCGUGACUGUGUUUGAUAUGUUUUAUAUUCUGUACUAUAAUUAACCCUACUGUACCUGUAGCAUGGCUCUGUUUCUUUGGUUAUACAGUUUGCCCCCCCUCCCCUGUGCAUGAUGGAGUGUGUGAGUGUGUGUAGCGAGCAAGCUAUUUUUCUACAGUGGUGAAAUGAUGGUAUGAGCCUGUUCGGGUGCUAUCGUGUGUGCCUAUACUCAGUUUUCCUGAACACUGUGACAACUCUGGCGAAACACGGACACAAUGAGCGAAUGAGAGAGACGAAGAUGAACUGUCCUGUUUGUUUCUAUAUUUUUUUAAAGUUUUAGGUUUUUCCUUUUCGUGAGCAAGGACUGAGACGUGGCGUGAAAAAGUGAAAAAACAAAAAAAGUUGUUGCUCUUUUCUUGAUAACACAAUAAUGUCUAAUAUUCGAUUCGACUUUUUGUAAUAUUUGUAUGUACGUAUGAGGGUUUUGUACAUUUGUGAUGGUAUGCACGUUUUGGCAUAUGAGUGUAUGUAUCUUCAGAUUUGAAAUGCUUGUUUUUGGUUUCGUUCUGCAUGUAGAUUGCUGUUUUCGUUUCUUUCGUUCAAUGUUUUGUUUUCCGUUUAAUUUUUGGGACCAUGUACAAUACUGUAUAACGUGGGCAGGAUCUUGGACCUCAUGCUACAUUGAUAUUAUAUAUGAAUAUAAAAACAUGUUUUCCCUAUGGAGAAAGUUUUAAGUUAUAAAUCGCCUGUACACUUUGGGCUGCCUUUUAGAUCUAACUGUCCACUGUUUAAGAUAACAAUGAUGAUAAUGGAUAAAAACAUAUUAAUGAUGAAGAAUUAUGCUGAUGAAAUAUUAAAGAUUCUUAAUAAAUCUUAUUACCUUUACAACACA